AUGUGGAAGUAUAUUCGUUUUCCUACGCAAUAUAUGAUUUUGUUAUCCAAGAAUAUUCAAGACUUUACUCAGGAGGGUAGGAUAUCGAUUUCAUUCGAGAUCGCUUAUGCUCUAGGUCCCUAUAUAUUUCGAGUAGCAAAGAACAUGACAAAGCCGGAAAUUAAAGAGUACUUGAACAAAAUCUACAAUGUGCGUGUUACGCGUGUAAAUACUUCAAACGUCCUGGGUAAUCGAAGAAAAGGAUGUGAAUUCUAGGGAAGGGCUAUCGCUAUGGUCGUUCAGAGACUAUGAAAGAAGCAGAUUGGAAAAAAGCGUACGUAUUUAUCGACCCGACCUAUAAGCCAUCUGCCAUGACAACAGAAGAGCAAGUUGAGGAAUUGAAGAAAAGCUAACUCGAUAUGGUUAAUUUAGAACAGA